UCUAACCCCGCCUCCUGCCCCGCCGCGUUCCUCUCCUCUGCUGAACGCUGAUGUGUUACUAACCUUAGCCUCAAUCGAGUAACAAAAAUGUUUAAUUUCGGACCAAAAGUGCUGUUGCUGCUUCUCGUGGCCUUCCCCUGCGGGUUGGUCUCCUUCGGUCAAGUCUCCGCUGACUCCGACUCCGAUGAGGACAUUGCUGAUGACCCAGAAGCUGAAGCGGAUGAGGAGGAAGAUGAAGAAGAGGCGCUUGUCGAGGAAGAUCAGAUGCAACCGUCGGAAGGAGACGAAGAAGACUCUGAUGAAGCAGCCGACAAACUGUUAUCAUCUCACCCUGAUGCCGACACCACCAUCAUCUUCAUGACCGGAGAAGAGUUUCCUGCCAACGAAAUUGUGAGGUUCCUCGUGGGUUUCACCAACAAGGGAAGUCAGGAUUUCACCGUUCAGUCUUUGGAGGCCACCUUCCGUUACCCUCAAGACUUCCAGUUCUACAUUCAGAACUUCACGGCGCUGCCUCUUAGUGCUGUGGUGCAGCCGCAGGCUCAGGCCUCUUUCGAGUACUCCUUCAUCCCAGCUCAGCCCAUGGCAGGCCGCCCGUUUGGUCUGGUUAUCCUCCUCAACUAUCUUGACACUCAGGGCAACGUGUUUCAGACAGCCAUCUACAACCAGACAGUCAACAUUAUCGAGCUGGAAGAGGGACUGGACGGAGAAACAAUGUUUCUGUACAUCUUCCUGGCUGGACUGGUGUCUCUGAUGCUCUUUGGGAUUUACCAGGUUCUGGAGACUCGGACGAAAAAGAGAAUCCCUGUGAAAAUAGAAAGGGGCACUGGUGGGAUGAAUGAUGUGGACAUCAGCUGGAUUCCUCAGGAGAAUCUCAAUAUCAUGAACAAAGCUUCUCCUAAAGCAUCUCCACGGAAACGAACCAAGAGGGCGGCCGGAACAGACCAAUAAAGCUGUCAGUUUCCAUCCAUCAUCAUACUGUCCAACAGGCUAUCAAAGCUGAUUUCCUCCCCGCGGUAACCCGACUCCCAUUUACAAUGGAUCAACAUCUCCAACCCGAGCAUCGUGUUAGAAAUGUUUGUGUGAAUCGCAUCCUGCUGCAACAACGACCAGAGAGCAUCCUGGACUUUACUGCUCUGACCAGAGCAACGCCCUUUAGACACCAACGGGACUGAGCUACAGUCCACAUUGACAGGGACUUUUUUUAUCAGUAUGUGUGUGUGUGAAAGGUGAUAAAAGAUGAACCAGUAAGUCAUUAAACUUUUUGUGGAAAAACAUCAAUUGUGGUGCAAACCGCCCAAAAAGAAGGCAGAAUAAAUCAACCUGUCGGCUUUCAGAGUCCUUUCAAGUUGUGGUAUACUUACUUUUUAUUUUUGUAAGCUGCAUUUCUAAGCUUCAAAUAUUUCCAUGUUCAUUUGUUUAAUGAGGUAAAUUGCCAUCAUGUAAACAUUCUGCCUUCCCCAUUGAUACCCCUGUGCUUCUUCCAAUCAGUCAGAUAUAGCAGGAGGUUUCUAUAUAAGUGUACAUUUUCAGUUGAGCAAUGGCAGCUGCAGUUACAACAUAUUAAACGGUGUGCUGUUGAGGUUUCUACAGGUUAGUUUACCUGUUCUGUUUUCACCGUGUUGAAAUGUAACUUCUCCUUGGUUGAGAGAAUCAAAAUUCUUUGUUAAGGGCUGUUGGUGCAAUGCGUUAGAUUGCAUCCCAUUUCUUUGGGGAUUUUUAAAUAAAAGGGUGAACAAAU